CUGCAGCACAUUCAUCAUAGUACAGCUAUCGUUUCAUUUUCUUUCUAUUACAGUGGUGCUGGUCAAGAGGUUGGAAGAUCAUGCAUUAUCCUGGAGUUCAAAGGGAGGAAAAUAAUGCUGGACUGUGGCAUUCACCCUGGCUUGGAGGGAAUGGACGCACUCCCCUACAUAGACUUGAUCGACCCAGCAGAAAUAGACCUCCUGCUCAUCAGCCACUUCCACUUGGAUCACUGUGGAGCUCUGCCCUGGUUCCUCCAGAAGACCAGCUUCAAAGGGAGGACUUUCAUGACUCACGCCAGUAAAGCCAUCUAUCGCUGGUUGCUAUCAGACUACGUCAAAGUCAGCAACAUCUCUGCGGAUGACAUGCUCUACACUGAGACUGAUCUGGAGGAGAGCAUGGAUAAGAUCGAAACGAUCAACUUCCACGAGGUCAAGGAGGUGGCUGGAAUCAAGUUCUGGUGCUACCACGCUGGCCACGUGCUGGGAGCAGCCAUGUUCAUGAUCGAAAUAGCUGGAGUCAAACUGCUGUACACCGGAGACUUCUCCAGACAAGAAGACAGGCAUCUGAUGGCAGCUGAGAUCCCAAGUGUCAAACCUGACAUCCUCAUCAUAGAGUCCACCUACGGCACUCACAUCCAUGAAAAGAGGGAAGAGCGUGAGGCCCGCUUUUGUAACACCGUCCAUGACAUCGUCAACAGGGAGGGUCGCUGUCUAAUCCCAGUCUUCGCCUUGGGACGCGCCCAGGAAUUGUUGCUUAUCUUGGAUGAAUACUGGCAGAACCACCCAGAACUGCACGACAUCCCCAUCUAUUACGCCUCAUCCCUGGCCAAGAAGUGCAUGGCUGUGUACCAGACCUACAGCGGACUGUCCAGGGAGCUCUUUGAGAGCUGGUGCACCGAUAAGAGGAACGGCGUCAUCAUCGCCGGAUACUGCGUGGAGGGUACGCUGGCUAAGCACAUCAUGUCAGAGCCGGAGGAGAUCACCACCAUGUCGGGUCAGAAACUGCAGCUGAAGAUGUCGGUGGACUACAUCUCCUUCUCCGCUCACACCGACUACCAGCAGACCAGCGAGUUCAUCAGGGCUCUGAAGCCCCCGCACGUGAUCCUGGUCCACGGGGAGCAGAACGAGAUGGCCCGCCUGAAGGCUGCUCUGAUCAGGGAGUACGAGGACAACGACCAGGUUCACAUCGAGGUCCACAACCCUCGCAACACGGAGGCCGUCACUCUGAACUUCAGAGGAGAGAAGCUGGCCAAGGUGAUGGGUUCUCUGGCUGAUAAGAAGUGUGUUCAGGGUCAGAGGGUGUCCGGGAUACUCGUCAAGAAGAACUUCAGCUACCACAUCCUCAAUCCAUCCGACCUAUCAACGUACACAGAGCUGGCCAUGAGCACCGUGAAACAGACCCAGGCCAUCCCCUUCACUGGGCCCUACUCCCUGCUGGUCUGCCACCUGAGGAACCUCACCGGGGACGUCGAGGAGCUGGACGGAACAGAGAAGAACACUUUGAGGGUCUUUAAAAACGUCACCCUGAUCCAGGAGGCCGGCAUGGUGCUGCUGGAGUGGGUUACCAACCCGCUGAACGACAUGUACGCCGACGCCGUCACCACCGUGGUCCUGGAAGUCCAGUCAAACCCAAAAGCUCAGAAAGUCAUGGAGACUCAGAGUGCCGUUAUGGACAUGGAUGUCUUCCAAAGCCGAAUUGAGGUCAUGUUGCAGGACAUGUUUGGAGUGGAGUGCGUGGACUUCAGUGACAGUAAAACCAUCUCCGUGACCGUCGACGGCAAAACGGUUCACAUUUGUCUGGAAACACGGUCGGUGUGCUACGAGGACGAAAGCACAGACGACGACUCCCUGAGAGAGAUGGUGGAGCUGGCCGUGCAGCGACUCUACGACGCCCUCAACCCAGUUAUCUGA